AUGGCGGCGCCUGUCUAUCCUGUGUGGGUGACCCGCCUGCUUUCCGGGCAGUGGCGGCAGAAGGGGCCCCCCGCUAUCCGCCCGACCCGGCCUCUGGUGCUAGCCAACAAGGUAGCGAACCGCAGGGAGCAGGCGGGAGAGGCGACGUGCAUCACAGAGAUGUCAGUAAUGAUGGCCUGCUGGAAACAGAAUGACUUCAGUGAUACAGCUUGUGCCAAAGAGAUCCAGACGUUCUAUGACUGCGUGGCAAAGGCAGAAAAGGAGCGCAAGAAUCAAAAUGAGGAUACCCUAUUAACCAGGGGAAACUUAUCUUCAAGCAAAGUGAACAAGCUCCUGAGGAGGUUUCCUCAAAUCACACGUUACGUAUGAUAAGCUUUGCCAAAGAGACUGUGAGUUAGCAAUUGGAGUCUGUGGCAAAAAAGUGAGAAGUAAACUUGAGUGAGCAUUUGGUGUUAACUGGUGUCUAUCAGCACUGCUGUGUGGAUCUUGACAGCAGUGAUUCCAGAGUGAAAAGCAUCUGUCUGAACCAUCAGCUGACUCUGUUCAUGAUGUUCUUGGGCCUUGCAGACAUAGAGUUUCUGGAGUGCGUUUUUCCACUAGCCACAGGAAUGCAUAUAAAUGCCUUUUCUGACAGUUAGGGGAUGACUUUUCCUCAUGUGUAAGCUUUCUGCCUAGUUUCUGAGCUGCUAUCAAAAAGUGUUGAGGUCCAGACAUAGAGCAAACUUCAAAUCGAUAGUAAACUCAUGACUCGUACUCCUACAUGUAUGUAUGCACAAUUUAGUUCUUGAAAGUUUUUUAAUGCCUGCUGCUCCAGAAGAGGGCUGUAAAACGAGGAAGAAAUCUCCAGCAAAAUACCAUGUUAAUACACAAUACAUGGGUAAGGAUCAAAUAGAACUUGAACCUAGAAACUUGUGAUUUAGGCCUCUGAUUUGCAGGUACCAUAUGGUUCCACAUCAGAUCAACUAUGUGAUCUAUACUGUAAUAAAAUAUUGCAAGACUGUUGUUUGGCUUGGGUGACUCCUAGUCUACAACAAAAUUUUCAAAAGGAGAGCUACUUAAUAAUUGUUUCUGAGGGAGACAGGCCAUUUUGUUUUGAAAUCCUACCAAUCUGAAAAGCUAUUUUUGGAUUUUGCUGCUUCACAGCGAGUUUCACAAGUUCAGUUGUUUGGGAUUUUGUUCUGACCUCUUAUAUGUCCACUGUAAGAUUGAAAUUACUAUGCUAAGGUUUUCCAGUCCUUUAAAGAAUGCAUUUAUUCAGUGUAAGAAGGAAGGAAAAAGAAUUCUUUGUAGAUGCACCCAGGUUCUUUUUAAAGAGUUCUUCUAAAAGUACUCUAGCAGUUCUUCAGGCUUAGCAUCCCAUGCUUUAACCAAAAACCUUCCAGUUACUAGUUGUCCUUUGCAAUUUGAGCUACUGCCAUUUCCCCAUAUCUCACUGUUAAGCUUAUAUUGAAUGUUUAAAUAUGUUCUGUGACAUGCUGAUAUUUGGGAUCAUUCUACUAAUAGUUCGUGUGUGUAACUGCAGUGAAUGACCCUGUUCUUUCUGAGUUCAGGGCUUGCACCACCCCAUGAUACUGUUGAUAGGGAAUAAAAGGUGGGGUCUGGUGACCCCAGCUGAGCUUGCUGAUUAAGAACAUUGCUGCAGAGACCUGUAUGCCAUUGUGUGGUGGGGAAAGAAUUAAACAAAAGCCGACUAGCUGUUCGUAAGUCGGAUUUGUAGGAUUUAAGCAAAUCUGCUGGAAUUCCUUGAUCUUACUCCUGCUCCUUAAAGUUUGAGUAUUAUACCAGCUCUGGGUAUGUUUGCUAUGAACUACCUCUCUUCUUAGGCUUUCACUGGAGAUCUUUUCUGGAGGAAGCAUUGAUAUUUCAGCUCAUUUUGAGGAAUAGUAGUCCUGCUAGUUCAGGAGAAAUAGACUGAAUUUCAGAGAGCCAAGAACACUUUAGGAGAUGGUGCUUUUUGUUCAGAAGGAUCAAUGCCAAAUAAGCUGGGAAAAUCAAGACAGACUCUGUAGGGAAUUGUAGACUUUCAGAACUGCGUAUCAGGUGACAAGGUGAUUCGUAAUGAACUUGGAUGUUUACAACUACUUCAAACUUCCCCACACAAGAAAGUUCAAGAUCUGUUUUACCUUCUCUUUGCCUAUCUAAACUGCUGUAGUUACUUACAUUGGUAUAAUUUCCUUCUUGGUCAUCCUCUCCACCUGCGAGAGGGCCAUGUUGCCAUAAGAAGCUACUGAGAAUGAGAUCUAGCUCUCAAGAAAACAUCAUUACAUGUGCCGGAAA